GGUCAGAGUUUGGUGUCUCAUCCCCGUUGCCAGACUUGGGCAUCCGUCAACCCGUCCUUCUGUCCGUCCUUCUCGUCUCAUUGUCCUCUCUGCUGAAGAAAAGAAUAACAAUAGUAAGCCAAAAUGGAGGCCAUCAAGAAGAAGAUGCUGAUGCUCAAGCUGGACAAGGAGAACGCCCUGGACCAGGCCGAGCAAGCGGAAGCCGACAAGAAAGCGGCAGAGGACAGAAGCAAACAGCAUGAGGACGAGCUCCUGCAGAUGCAGAAGAAGCUGAAGGGGACGGAGGACGAGCUGGACAAAUACUCUGAGGCGCUCAAGGAUGCUCAAGAGAAGCUGGAGGUGGCCGACAAGAAGGCUGCCGACGCCGAGGCAGAGGUGGCCUCCCUGAACAGGCGCAUCCAGCUUGUGGAGGAAGAGUUGGACCGAGCUCAGGAGAGGCUGGCCACCGCUCUGCAGAAGCUGGAGGAGGCCGAAAAGGCGGCCGAUGAGAGCGAAAGAGGCAUGAAGGUGAUUGAGAACAGGGCCUUGAAGGAUGAGGAGAAAAUGGAGCUCCAGGAAAUCCAGCUGAAGGAGGCCAAGCACAUCGCAGAGGACUCGGACCGCAAGUACGAGGAGGUGGCUCGUAAGCUGGUGAUCGUGGAAGGCGAGCUGGAGCGUACGGAGGAGAGAGCCGAGCUGGCUGAGGCUAAAUGUGCCGAGCUGGAGGAGGAACUGAAGAACGUCACCAACAACCUGAAGUCUCUGGAGGCUCAGGCGGAGAAGUACUCCCAGAAGGAGGACAAAUACGAGGAGGAGAUCAAGAUCCUGACAGAUAAACUGAAAGAGGCUGAGACCAGAGCGGAGUUUGCUGAGAGGUCUGUGGCCAAACUGGAGAAGACUAUUGAUGAUCUGGAAGACGAGCUGUACGCGCAGAAACUCAAGUACAAAGCCAUCAGCGAGGAACUGGACCACGCGCUCAAUGACAUGACCUCCAUCUAAACACCCAGGAAGCCUUACUCCCCUCCGCUUCUUCUUCCUCUUCCACGACGUUUCUCGCACUUUCACAACCUUCAUCCAUUUUCUGAACCGCUUUAUCCUCAGUUUUGCAAAAUCCAACCCAAAACUUUCAUUUUGGUCCCUGUCAAAUCUUUUCUUUGUAAGUCUUUGUAACUCUAUUAAAAAUUAGAGGAAGGUC